AUGGUUGGAUUGCAGAAAACUGAGAAUCAGAUUUACGCAGACAUUGUUCGCAGCUUGAAGCAAAAUUUUCGUUCCGAGCCUCAAAUGUCGCUGACUCAAAGCGACAGAAAAGUGCGAAUUCGCACAAAUCGUUACUACAAGUCCGAACUAACCGAAGAUCACUGGAAAGAUAAAUACAACCGGCAUGUUAAACAGCGACUCUGUGGAUUCUACACACCGGCUCAUCUACCAUAUGCUUCAGUUGGUGACGUUUGUCUGGAUAUACGCGAUCUAGUCCUCGACACUGUUGGAAUUGAUCAAAGCUCAGAGAAAGUAAGCAAACAACAAAUAUUAUCCAUAUUGAUAACGCUCAGUUGCCGAGUGUUUCUCUCGUUUUUAUAAAGCCUGCUGUGCAAGUGUUCGGCCUGUUUCACUACUGUUAGUUAUUAUACUUUUUUCGUUUUAAUCAGGUGGAUCCUCGUGUGUGCGCAUUUAUUUUAAGUUACAUAGCUGUUGCUUCUUCUAACUGCGCAGAAAGUUUAAGAUAGCUUUGUGUUCAGAAAAAGAAUUAAAAUUUGAUCCAAACCAAGAGAUUGAAAUAUCUUUUCCAGACUCAAAGAGUCAAUUUCCCUAUUUUAUGCACGUAGUUUAGAAUCUAAAACAUUGUCACAAAGGUUUUACUUGCCGUUAAAUCUCUCCAUUCACCUUAUUUGCCCAAGUACUAUUAUGACACUUCUUCUUUUUGUUCCUCCUUUAUUUGUUUCUGAAACCACAAUUAGCUGAUACCACAGAUUCUUUUACACCUGUUUUUGCAGGAAAAAACAGGAAAAAAAGGACAGGAAAACUUUUCAUAUACGUUUCUGUCCAACCUAAAAUUUGAAAUAUCGGCGAGAAAUUGCGCGCACAGAUUCGUUAAAAGCUCACGUAAGGUUGGAACUUCAAGUGAUCUUAAAAAGUUUUACAUAGCAAUAAACUUUGAGAAUCAGAGUGUAACGGAUCUAGGAAUUAUUUUGCGGUGUUACACAGCCAUCGGAACAUAUGCAAACACCACAACAACGACAACAAAAUCUCAGAGUGAAAGAACACCAUAGAUUGUAUCAAGGGUGAUUCAAAAUUGGUAUCAGCUUCUAAUUGGUUGAGUAGCUCACUGGCGCGAGUUUCUACCCCAAUCACAAAACGCCCUCGAAAUAUGGAGUUCAGCGUCAUACCCCGUCCACUUUAAUAUCUUCAGCCUUCAUUUUUCGAGUCUAUAAUUAAAAUUAUUGUUAAUAUUUCGCAUCUUGUACCAUCUUCUUUCCUUUUUAUGGGAACCUUCCUUAUCUUUCAGAUUAUUUUUGCCCAAGAAAAUGAUUCUUUAUGGUGUUGUUAUGUUAUUGCAUGUGAAUUGAAGGUAUUAGUGAUAACAUAAAGUACCGCAUGGCAGUUCUGACCUCAAGUCUGGCAUCGCUUACAUGUUUGGCGAAAUGAACCAACUUACUAACUAACCUUGUUUUCACCUUUAGUGUAAUGUCAGUGUUGUGGUCGACUCGAACGAAAAGGAGAAAAAGGAAGAAACAGACACAGAGAGUACCGCCCAAAAGGCAUGUUCAAUUAAUUUGCCCAUUAAUUGAUUUGCGCGUCAAUAGAAUUACAUCUCGCGGAUGCUCUUAGAGGCCCUUAGAGGUGUAAUUAAUUUCAGUUCUUCUAGAUGAUAAAAUCGUUUAGAGAGGGGACAUAUGUAUUAGAAAGUUGGGAAGGGUGUGGGUAAAAAAUUUAUACAGUUAAAAUGCGAAAUUUUUUCCCUCAGAAUCUUUGCUCAUAUUUGAUAAACAUUGAUGUUUAUUUUGUCGCCAUAAAUUUUACCUGAUCCUCCCAUAUGGUUCCGUAGUAUUUUUAUAACCCCCCAACCUCCCUCUCCCCCUCAUUGUCAGUAGAUUGGCAGUUAGUCAAAUUACUAUAGUCGCCCAUUUAUACUCCGUUGACGACGACUGAUCCACCUCCGAAACGCGCAAGGAUUAUGUAAUUCCCCCAAAAUCUUCCACAUCCCACCCUUUCCCCGGAUUGAUAAUGACUUGUGUAAGUGUAGCUUGUAGAGGUCACGUUGGUAUGCUUUCAUUUAUCCUUUGAUUUAUUUCGAAUAAAAUAGAAAUCCGAUGUAAGCAAGAAGCGAAAAUCACUCUCGUUGCAAGAUCAAGCAGGAUUGUGUGAAAUAAAGGAAAGGUUGUGCCAGAGUCGAGACAGACUUGCAGCCGUGCGAGCCGGGCAGUCAUUUGAAGAAUGUCUGAACAAAAAGAAUAUCAUGUCUACGGUUAGUUAUCUGUCUUAACGUGCGAAGACUCUUUUUGAGUGUCUGUCAUCAUGUUCAAAGCGGGACACGCGGUAGCCUUAUGGUUGAUGCGGUGGACUGGGUCGAGAGGUCCGGGCACGGGACCUGUGGCCGGGUCAAUGUGUUGUGUUCUUGGGCAAAACAAGUAACUCUCACAGUGCCUCUCACCAUCCAGGAAAAUAAAUGGGUACCGGCAAUCUUUCAGGGAAGCCUGAUGAAAUGCUGGGGGUUAUCCUUGCGAUAGACUGGCACCCAUCCAAGAGGGGGGGAGGGUAAUGAUACUCUUGGUCGCUUUUACGUAAAAGAAACUGGGAUAAGCUCCGGCAUGGUGUGCCACUUGGCUCGGGAACUGACUUAACCUUUACCGUACAGUAAUCAAGACAGCCAUUUAGAGUAAAAGUUUUCCUUGUCUCUCAUUACGUGACGAGGGAAUUGACAAUCUCAAAUCUUACUGGCUACUGGCGAACAAUUCUUGCUGUGUUUACUAUUUUUUCUGGGUCACUUCAACAUUUACCUCUCAACACACAUGCGCAUUUAAAAGAAUAUAUCAUAUCUCUAUGUAGGUGGUGGAUGUCAUGAAGGGCCCUCAAGGUCAGUUGCUGAUGACGGAGCCAUCAAAUGUGUCUCCGAAUAAAACCAAGAAAAUGAUGAACAAGCUCAGGUCAUUUGAUGGAACUGACACAUUAGGGGUUGGGGAAGAGUUGAUUGCCGCCUUCCCCAGUGAGAUAAAAUCAGAACACGAGGAAGAGGUUAUUGAUCAGAGGUAAGUUAUCAUGCAAUGACUGGUCCCUGCCGUAAGGACUUGCAUUAAUCUGACUUACCCGCGUGGAUUUGUUUUCGACCUAAUUUCAAUUCUGCGUUCGGAUACUCAAUUAAUUGACCUACAAAGAAGUCUUUGAGACACCAUACCACAAAAAGCAAGUAGAAUGAUAUGGAAUAAACGUCCUGCAUAUUGUGGCGUCAGCACUAUUGCGCGCAGCUCAAAGGUUUAGCAACCAAUUCAGGGCCGGAGUACCAGUCCUCGCUCCUCGGCAGUGGUAAGUUUUUUAUUCUCCCAGUUUGAUGGCAACCAUCCCCUGACCGAGAUAUUCGUGGACUUUAGAUACCAGUCAAUCUCAUCAACUCAAAUGACGAAAUCAAUCAAUAAGAAAAUUGCGCCUUGUAUUAAUAUUGUAAGCCGUUUGAUGCCCAAAUAUAGCUUCAUAGUAUCAGCUCACUGCGUGUUGAAAAGAUCACGAGCCACAAAAGAGAGUUUGACAGUUAUGUUUCGUUUUAGGGAUGUACAACACGAUCGGUAUGUUCGUAACUUUAGCGGUAAACUCAGAAGUCUGCACACUUUGCUGUGCUAUGUGUAUAACCUCAGGACAAAAGAUUUACGCACCAAGGUAAAAAGGGGAAUUUUUAUAAAACAAAUCGUAAAUUUACUUUAAGUGCUUGGCGAGUACGAAAAUUGAUGAUAAAGAAUUUCUUUGUUACGAAAAAAGGUUAUCUUAGUUUAAAAAUCGUAGGUCAUAUUUUUGAAAAGUGUACGUUCAAACAGCCUUCAAUAGAUUUCCUUUGGAAUUACAGUUUUGUUUAAGAAUAGAGUGAGUUAUAGGGAAGUCUUUCCUUCAUUCUUACCGCACAGUCUCUUCUCUUCUACAAUAAAUAACUCAAGAACACUGUAAGGUAAAUAACUUUCCAUGACGUCUGAUGCGCAUCUGUACUCUGACUAAUCGUAGGGAAUGACUAAAGUCCUAUCAGGUUUAGCGAACAAGUUGUACGGGGUACGCUAAAUGAACAUUGUCACUUUCCAGCUCUGUGGAAUGUAACCAGGUGUAGACUUUAUUAACUUGCAGGUGCCGUUGUCAAAGGACUUUAUUAGGACACUCAAAAUAGCGAUUUCGACGGAUCAAAAAGGAAAACCCCUGAGACACACAAGGAAUAUGACACACGUGCAACCUCAGUCACGCGGCCCUCAAAGAUCCUCCACAGAUGCUACAGUUUCCCGUAUGGAUCAUGAUCACCAGUUGUCUCCUCAGAUGAACACACGUGCGAGCUUUUUUUGUGAUUCGCCUUCUUCUAUAUUCCGCCCUGGAAUUGCUGGAUCUGGACGCACUGAGUCCAGGGCAUCUGUCUUUGGACGCAAAUUGAGGUUUUUUUUCUGUCUUACAUAUAGAGAUCAUUGGAAGAAAUGGAUCGAUGAUGAUUGAUCAGUCGAUGGACCGCUUUUUAAAUGAUCCAUUUAUUUAAAUGAACUUUAAAUGAAUCAAUGACAGAAUAAAAAAAAAAAGAAAAGAAGAAGUAAUGUGUAAAUAGAUAGAUGAAUGAAAAAGCGGAAGAACGGGCACGCACACAUAGGAAGGAGUAAUGUUCAGAUAGAUUAAAUAAAUGAAUAAUUGAAUAAAUGCACGAAUAGUUGAGUGAAUGAAAUGAGGGUUGGAUGGAUGGAGAAGGAAUCAAUGAAUGAGUAGAUAAAUUAGUGGUGGUUUUUCAGACUCUAAAGAAACUGCUGCACUGUGUCAGCUGGCUACUUAAAUGCUCAGUUAACCAUCCAUCGGUGGUUAAUAAUGAGAGAUCAUCCACCUCAAUGAAUUUUGGAAAGCUAUCCUUUCAAGCGCCAGGCCCCUGUCAGCUCAGAGAAGAUAACACUUCGUCAAAGUACUAACGCUCGGAAAGUCAGUUUUACAGAACUUCUUAUGGCAGGUCAGUCACUUGCUUCAACUUCUAGUUGAUACUAAAGUAAAUACUUGUUAUCUGUAGGACAAGAGACACGUCUGACAAGAUUGACACGUGGGAAGAUCUACUGGAAGCUGGAGAUAAACCAUCUUCUCAAUCUCAGGCUCCUGCGUGGCCGGGAGCCAUAAGGGGUGGACAAGCUGGAGAACAGGGUGCUAAGAGCCAGGGAACAAGAGCCAGUUUUAUAAACUCAGUGAAAAUGGUUUAUGGUGGUGUUAGAGUGAGGUAGGUGCACAGUUCUAUGAAAGCUAGCGAUGAUGAAAUAACUGUUUACUCUGAAAGCCAAUGCUUUCGUAAACAGGUUACUUGGGUAAUAUCGUCAAGAAAUACUUUUGUCAUGCACAGCGCUGAGUGAAUCAUACAAAUGUCAUAGCUAGAGAUAUUCCUGAAAAUCUUUUACGUCCAAAAUUUCACAGUCACUCUUCCAAUAAAACAUCACCCUUUUCUUAAUUGCUAUUACUGAGGAUUGGAUAGAUAUCUUUUCAUCAGUAUUCAUCGUAUUGCUUCUGGGAAACAAAGGAAUAACAUCUUUACUCUGUGCUGGUAACCACCAUGCACAUACUGUUACGAUUAGUAGCGUCCUGCAACCACUGAACACCAUUAUUAUAAAUAGUGUUCAGUGGUAAGCGGAUGCUUCCAUUUUAAUCUUGCUCAGCAACCAUGCUCCAGCCUGUUACCUAAAGAAGUCUCCUUUUUCUCCAUCUCCUGGCGAUCUGCAGCAAAAAGGGCCUUCAAAAACGAUAUUCUCGACCACCGUAAUGAUUCGAUUUAGCGCCCUACUUCCAAUGAGUGCCCCCCUCAAAUUAUUUUUUUGUCAAUGAGCGCCCCUGUUGAGUAAACACCUUUAUUCCAAAUAAGCGGCCCUUUUCUAAUACACGCCCCUAUUCGGUUCCAGUAAAAGCACUGAUCAAUCUGUUGAGGUACCAAAAGUGAAUAAGCACUCCGGGCGCUAAAUUGAAUAAUUUCAGAACACAAAUAAUUUAAUUUUUCGUAUUUCAUUUAUUUUUGAGUUUUUAGAAGUGAAAAAUAGGACAGCAGCUGUUUUUGAACCGCCCGUCGUAGUUCUACAUGUGUGGCCUGGUUACGGACUUGUUUUAAAAAUGGCGACGUCCAUCGUUAAUUUUUCAGCGUUAUUGAUCAAAGCUUUAGAGUCUCUAUGCGACCAAAAAAACGAUGCGGGAAAUAAAAUUGAAUAUACAUAAUCUUUGAUAGGGUAAAUCUUCGUAAUUACCUCACACGCACGGCUACUUAUGAUUACAUGAUGCUUUAACACUGAAACAUUGUUAAAUUUUACGUCUUAACAGGCGACCUGGUGGAAUGCUGCAAGUCAUUCAGAAUGGAGCUGCUCAAGCAAGUGACGCCAAGGAUCAGCUUCCUAUUUGGCACCAGGUUGCCUCUGCAGAGAAAAGUGAGCUUUUGAGUUCUUUCCAUACGUGGGUUCAAAUCAUACAUGUAGGUCUAUCUCCAACAUCAGAAACACAACAAGAAAAACUUGAUUUAUCCCACAACAUUACAAUAUAACAAUAUAGGGGCUCUGGCACUCAAACUCGAGGGAUAUUUCUAUACUAGAGGAAUUCGGCUAAUGUGUUUUAAACAUAGCGCAAACUUGCUCUCUCUUGUUUUCCAGAUGCAAAGGAGAAUGGCCCCAAAGGACAAUUUCCGAAGAGACGGUUUGUUCAGUUUCCACGUACAAUUCAUUUCAGAAAACCUGAGACAAACAGGCUUACAUAUUAAUGAAGUGGUUUUAUCAACUGAGUUUAAAAUGUAAAUUGGCCACUGCAACGAGUUUCAAAGCUGACAGAUUCGAGCAUUAGGCCUAUGGCAGAGCGAAGCUUACCUCUUUAAAUACAUGAUUUAUUGCUUGUCUAAACAUCGCUUUUCGAGAGAGUCGAGCAAUUUGUCUUUACUUAGAGAGUGAGCAACGGGUAAGGUUGGCGUUUAUCAUGAACUGAGUUCGAUGAGCAGCAAGACAUUUUCGAAAUGUUUAUAUGACGAUGGGUCAACGUUCGAAACGUCAGCUUUGAAACUCGUAACGGUGGCCAAUUUUCAUUUCCAACUCAGUUGAUAAAACCAAAGUAUCUUGCUUCGAUCACUACCCCACCGACGCAGCACCACGGUUUUCUUAGAGACGUAAUCCCUUUACACUCGGGUAGGUUGAGAGACAGACAGCAUGACCCGGCAACAGACAAACAGAGAGGCUAACUUGAGCACAGGAAAGCAGAAAGACUGAGUGUAAGACAGGCAGAUGGACCAACGCAAAAACAAAGAGACGGACAAACGGACAGAAAAACGAACUAACAGACUAUAAGAUAAACAGACAGAUCAAAUGACUACUAGAUGGACAAACAGAUAAAAAGACAUGUACAUAUGCAAAGACACCCAUUCAGACGGACAGAUAGACGAAUCAGUAAAAUGUACCGCUGAGUAGAAUCUCGCUGGUUUUGUUCUAUCCGUCUAUGAUUUAAUUAGGUAAACUGGCCUUUUCGUUUUUUCUUUGUGUGUAUCAUACAAUAACUGCAAAUAAUGAAGAUAUUUUUAACAUAUUGGGGUUUGUGUCUUAUUUAUUGUACAGCUUAAAGAAGUCUUCUUCAAAAUCUGAAAACUCUUUGUGCGAUACGAUCCGAGAAGGUUUUGAAAAAAUUCAAGCAAGAUCUGCUGAGCGAGUCAGAAAAAAACUCACCGAGAUCAACAGGUUUGUCAUCUUGACACAACAAACAACAAGCAAAACUGGCACAACAAGUUGUCAUCUGCCGUUGUCAUGAGCUUAAGGGAUGCCUUAGUUAGGAUUUCGUGGUGCUCAUCUAGGUAGAAUAAAAGGCUGCCUAAGGGUACAGCAUUGAUUCCUCUUGUCUGAGAUUAAAGCAAAAUACAUCUGACACUUUCAUUCAGCUAGCUUCUUCUCUGCCUCAGGAAAUAAAACCAAUGAAAGCUCAAACUCUUCAAAAUGUAAUGCGUAGAGAUCUUUCCUCAGUUUAAACUGAAGUUGUAUAACUUUUGGCUUUGAUGAAUCUUAGUUUGUUAAUUAUCAAUUGUUCUUAUAAAGCUUACAAGGGCUUUGAAUUUCAAGCAUUGAGAAUAUCGUGCUACGAAUUCUCAGUUUGGAAUUCGUCAGAAUAGUGUCCAACUACUUACAAAGUGGGGGUAAAUAUUCGCCACUUUCACCAACACUGAGGUGGAUACUUGUUCUUGAUUAGUAUAUACCAUACAGAUACCAAAAACUUAAAGUUUAUUUCUUUUGCUGAUAUAUGGUCAGAAAUUAAACUCUUGACGUACUAUUUUGUCUUUGGCUGCGCCUCGAACAACUCUUACGCUUUUCUCGUGCUCUCCAAACUUUCCGCGUACAUCCAUAACUCAAUAUACGCGCGCUAAGCAUGGACCAAUUCUUUAGUGUGGUGUAUACUUAUAUGAGAUAUUUUCCUCGUUAGCUACUUACUUUUAAUGCCGGAUGGAAGCGGUCGUCUUCUGGAAAAGAACUCAAGCAGAGACGUUUUAGAGACGCGCACAGCAGGCGGAAGAAGAAUAUUAUUUAUUCUGGUGUCUUUUGACGCCAAUUUAUCGACUAUAAGGUCGUCGUUUAAACGUUGCAAACGAAAUUAUGCAGACCAUGAGAACUUUUUAACUUCCAACUGCCGUCCGCAUCACAAAAACGUUUGUCCUUCAGCUCCCUGGGAAGAUUCCAGUGAGGUCCAAAAUCAUGACUUAUGUAGUCUUUUAAUUUUAUUAAUCGAACAGGAAUGAAAAGCAUUCGUUUAUUUCAAAAGUCCAGGCGGUUGAUCCAUCUUCGGUCUUUCCAGUGGAUUUACAAAGAGUGCGACAAGCAGGCAGUGAGAUCAUUCAAGAUUACGACAAGGAAGAUGUUAAAAGCGCUCCAUGGUAAAUAACCUAGGAAAAUUGAUGAUAAAUAGAUAAAAAAAAAUGCCGGGAUUUAUAAAAGCUUAUAUUCUCCAUAUCACGACAAAAAGCUGCAGUUAAAAUGUUAGAAAAAACAAAAGGAGGCUGUGGUCGAAUAGAAAUUGAUAGCACCAAGAUUGACGUGGUAAGUUUCGUGUUUGAGGAUAUGGGAGAAAACCAAAACCACACCUUACGAGGGUAGUGAACACAGGAGGUACAUAAAUGAACAAAGAAAAAUUCAAAACCAUAAAAAUAAUCAAGAUAAAACCAAAAGCAUACAAGGCAUAAGGAGGGUUAAAGAUGAAAGCAAAAUGAGUGGCACUAGGUGACAGUAAGAUCAGGAUGAACUUUCUCAAGGUGUAAGAGCCUGACAUUCGUCUUUUCAUAGAAGCUGAAUCAAAUAUUGUUUUACAAACAAUAGUAAAUAGUAAAGCCUCCAAUAAUCUGAUUUUUGCAGCUUUGAAAAUAGUUUCAGAGGUAACAAGGACUUGUGCAACAUUUUUUCUCGGGAAAUUUUUACGUCAAUGUCUUCUUGGAAUUUAGAACCAUUUUAGGAUGUUACUAUGGUGCGACUUUUUUAAGGUUUUUUUUUCUAAAUCAAGAAGGAUCCCGUGCAUCUUAUUCAUUCCUCUCUGGUUAAGCAUUUGUUCACUUAAUAGGUACGAGGAUUUGGAGAAUGAGGCCAAAGAACUUGGAGUUGCCAGCGAAGCAGAGGUGAUCAUCCUUUUAAACAAGUUAUAUCCAUUUGCUGUUGAUGACAUCACCACGCUGCCUUUUGUCCAGGUUUGUUCUUGAAUUGAUUUUUCAAGCUAUGAGAAAAAUCCACUCGACUGAUGGCCAUUUGGUGCUGACACAAAACUGUUUGAAUAUCAGGCCAUUACUUGGAGUCUGUAUCCCUAGAAGCGUGAUGGGCGGUGAUUGUUAAUGCAACAAUUUUCCAAGGCAUACUCAAUUUUAUGGAAGUUUAUAUUAUCGUAUUCCUGUGAUUUUCUUCAUUCAAAAUUCAGGAUGGCUCGUUUUCGGCUGGCAACUUUAUGAGAAGUUGAAGUGUCUCUAAAGUAAUUUCUCAGUAUACACGGAGCUAUGAAACUUUUAAUUUGACUGCAGGAACAAAGUGAACUAUACGUUCCAAGUGAUCGGUUUCAUAAAAUAUUCUAUGUGGUACUUCUUUAUCUACUUUGACUGUAAAUCAGUUGUUCUCAUUUCAGUCUUAAUGUUGUUUGUUGUAGGCUAAACUUUGUCUUAUCGUUCAAUCCUUACCCAUCUAUGAACUGUGCCCAUUAACCACACUGGAGGCGCUUAAGGUACGAACAGCCGUAUUUUAAGAUGAAUAUUAUGUCUGCUAGACUUGGGGGCAAACACGGAACAAUUGUUUUUUUGGUUUUCAUGAGUGCUUAUUAUCAUCCUAAGGGUACAAAGCCAGCUCAAGGUACCCUGGCCCUCAAUCACGGCCUAUAAUCUGACGCUCAGUAGUUUCCAUUCCUAGUGGUGGCAAGCCGAUCACUUCUUCAACUCGCAUAUAUUGUUAUUUCGUCCUAUAUAUUACAUAGAAAAUUCUGUUGUGUGAUCGGUCGACGGGUCUCGUUUUACUUCGUAAGUAACAGCAAAGCUCAUUUGAGCUGACUUGGAUGAGGAGGGGUUACAUCUGUCUUAACAAGAAAGCACUAAGGCAAUACUGGACGGAUGUCAGCUCGAGCUCUUGAAAGACAAGGAUUGAGGGCCAAAAUUAUAGCGCUUAAGCGCAGACGUUUUUGAGACACAGACGGCAACUGGACGUCAAAUUUUUUUUUUGGCGCGCUCUAAUCGCCUCUUAUUUUCUUAGAAUGGUUUUGUGUUUGUGUUUGGCAUUUGUUUCUUGACUAAUUAACUCACCUAUUUACUUGUUUGUGUUUGAUUUUAGUUUCUUCUUGCGAAGAUCUUGAAUUGCUCAUCUGGAACGUUUAACGAGUGGAUGAACCAAAGAAAACUUCUUCCAGAAGACAAAGUUACGUGA